AUGGAUGUGGAUACUUGUAUACGUGAGAAUAUAGUAUGGCAAAAGUUGCCGGAAGAUAUUCGAGUUUUGCUUGGAAACUCACAACGAGAAUAUGACAAGCUAGUACUGGAAUAUUCUAUAAAGAAUCAGUUGCGUUAUAAAGGAAAUUUAGUGCGGUACGUGAAGAAAAGUGAAGAAACGUACUACGAUAUGAUUAUCAAGUACAGUGAAUCUCAUUUGAUGCUUUAUCCGUACCACCUUUCCGAUAUCAUUGUUCGAGAGCUAAGAGUCACGCCAUUCAACUACUAUAUUAACAUAAUUACGGAUAUGAUCCAAUCCGAAAAAUCAUAUGAUUCCUUGCCAAAUUUCACUGCCGCUGAUGCUAUGAGACUACUCGGGAUUGGUCGGAACCAAUAUAUCGACCUAAUGAAUCAGAACAGGUCGAACCGGAAGUUCUUGCGGCGAAGUCGUCCUUUACGCGAACUGUUACCACAGAAACCUGCGAAGCUCGUUGUUGAACCAUGGUGGAUUGUAUGCGCUGGCAGUAUACUUGAAGCGGAUAUUAAGGUCUUGACAGAGGAUGAACGGCGAAUUGUGGAUUGUCUUCUAGAUGAGGGUCCUCAAGCUGCGGGGCUGCUUCCGGUUCCAGUUGUGAACACGUUGCUUGAUCGCGGCCUCAUUUAUUUAGACGUUCCAGUUGUUGAAUCGGACUAUGUUUAUGUUGCACCAUUGGACGGUUUCGUAAUGAAUCGCGUCCUUGGUGACUACUUUGAAACGCUUCUCUACAAAAUUUUUGUUGCUAUCGAUGAUCAAACUACAGUUAGACAGAUGGCUGAAAUGCUCCACAUAGACUUCUACCUCGUGGCAAAUGCCAUAUCCGUUUUCUGUCGACUUGGAUUCGCUAGGAAACGCGUCACAGGAAUGGAGACAGCACGACUCCAUUACAGCUGGGCGCAGGUCAUUUCCAUUCCGAACUCGCCGACACAGGAAGACAUGGUGACAUCUGUCUCUGGUGAUCUAGGAGAGUUGUCGGCAUCUCUUGCAUCCCCCAUGGGAGAUGACGAUGAUGACGACCAAACGACUCAGAUGAGUAGCAGCAGUGUGAAAGAAACGACUCCGUCGCAAAAUUCUUCUGAAGUAACACCAUCUUCGUGCAGAACAGCAUUCCUAUUCGACUCUUCCUUAGCUGCAUUUUUGAUGAUGGGUAACUUAUCGAGCUCCCUUAAGGGGCAUGCUGUUACGUUGUUUGAGGUCGGUAAAUUAGCUGACGAACAAAUGAGAGAUUUUCUGGAGCAGCUGGAAUGCGUGAAUCGUUUUGCUGAAGGAGAAGCACAACGGUACUCUGAACAUGCUGUUGCGCUUUUAGACAUUCUUCGAAGUCUACGAAAGGGACGUGAAGUGGAUAUGCUGAGAGGCGAAAGCCUUCUCAGUUUAGAUCCACAAAGUCGUGUACGAGUGUUAGCUAAAUCUUAUGGAAUCGUUGUAUCCAUGGCUCCUUUAUCCUUCGAUGCUUGCACAGUUCCAUCAUCAUCAUUGCCAUUUAUUGGCCCUCCUAUACCUGAGGCCUGUUCACCAUGGAUGCGACUGGCUAUAUAUUUAGCGGCAGAAAGUGGUCCAGCCUCAGUAUACAUUCCACGAGGCACGAGAUUAUCGCGAUUGCCAUCUGCUAUCGCACAAUCACCUAGACUUCUUGUUACGACUUCAAAUCAUGAACCACAACAUAUGCCAACCCAUAAUUCACUUAUUGCUCUUAACGAUAUAUUGUUAACGACACCACUUUUUGUGCAGCAAUAUCCACAUUACACUGAUGAAGACGAACUCGUCUAUGUCCCGUUUCCAUUUGAUGAUGAUGAGGCUGAAAGUGAUGGAUCGUUCGCUAAGCAUCCUGCUGUGCUAGCAUUGUCGUCGAGAAUUGGAUUGAAUUCAUUGUGUGGAUAUAUAGUCCUUUUAAAUCAGAAAGUCUCCCGGAAGGUGAUAACAACAAACUCAACAUCAAUCACUUCCUACGAUAACACUAUGCUCCGAGGUUCACACACUAUUUUGAGCUCGUUACCUAAAAAUUCCACCUACGACGAUUACGUGCUUCUUGAUUGUGUGUUUGGUAUACCUUUGUUCAAUUCUGCGCUGAAUGAAACGAUAUGCAGCCGAAUGCUAAACAAAGGAAUCUUAGAAACUGACAAUCGAACUAACAUCCAGUUUGCUAACAAAGCGGUCAUAGAUAUGAUUACAGAACUAGUCAUGAAAUGGAAUUUUGGUCACACCAAGAGUUCAUUUCCCAGUACAGAACCAUGGAAAGCUGAAUUUAUACCCCCUGUCAGGACCAUAUGUUAUGACCCUGUUAGAAAAGAAGUACACAACGGAACCACCUACACCGCCGCCCAAUCUGCUGAAUUAAAACACGAAACCUUACGCGCUCCUACCAUUUUUGGCUCUUCAGGAUUUGAACAGUGGAUGACCCCUAGAGAAGAAUAUUACGAAGUGAUUCAGCGCUGCAGUUUGAUUGGCGGUCGUAAAGGGGAUCGAUCAGCCGUAUCGAGCGUAGGUCGAAUAUAG